UGCUUGCCGUAGUUAAUUGUAAACACGGAAGUAGCGUUGCUGUGUUGUCAUGUGCUAAAGACGCAGCUGAUCAGAAAAGCUUUUCUGAGAGUCUUUUGUCGGUGCAGUGAUGAGUUGGCUGUUAAAUGUGUAUAUUUAAAGAUAAAUAAUGUAGCAGCCACGUUGAUGUUUAACCACGUGUCGGAAAAUGCAAGGGAGCUAGUUAGCUUAGCUUUCCCUUUUCUUAAAAGGAAUGGCAGAUCAGGAGAAAACAUUUCGUUUUGUGAUCGUGGGAGGUGGCAUCGCGGGUGUGACAUGUGUUGAGCAGCUGUCAUCCCAGAUUCCCUCAGCUGAGGUGGCUCUGAUUACAGCAGGCCCCCAAAUCAAAGCAGUGACCAACUAUAAACAGGUGUCCAAGACACUGGAAGAGUUUGAUGUCGAGGAGAGACCAUCCAGUGUUUUGGAGGAGAAAUUUCCCAACCUGACUGUCAUCCACUCUGCUGUCAAAUCACUUCACACACAGUCACAUUCUGUGGAAACUGUAGAUGGCCGUGUUUUCGGUUAUGAGAAGCUGUGUAUCUGCAGUGGUGCCAGACCCAAGCUCCUAACUCAGGACAACCCUUAUGUGCUGGGGAUACGGGACACAGACAGUGCCCAGGAGUUUCAAAAGCGGUUAGCCAAUGCAAAGAGAAUCGUUGUUGUUGGAAAUGGAGGGAUUGCCCUGGAGUUAGUGUUUGAGGUGGAGGGCUGCGAGGUGAUCUGGGCUGUGAAAGACAAAGCCAUAGGAAACACCUUCUUUGACCCCGGAGCAGCACAAUUCCUCAUCCCAUCGCUGGAGACCAACAAACCAGAAAGACCUGCUCCCUGCAAGAGAACUCGCUACACCACAGAGGAACCGGCACCUGGAGGGUCCCAGACCUUCACAGCAGAUAGAAACGCACGAGGGGAUGGUUCUGGUCCUACAGGGGUUGGCAGUGCUCUCGGUCCAGACUGGCAUGAAGGAAUAGUUCUACGAGGAGCAGAGCAGGUGUCCCGCAGAGUUUCUCUGGAAUACCAGUGUGAGGUGGAAAAGAUCUUCACCUCAGAGGAGCUGCUCAAUUCCCCACAGCAAACACUCAGACCUGAGAAUGAAAGAUCCUGGCCGGUUUACAUCCAGCUAACCAAUGGCAAAACAUUUGGCUGUGAUUUUGUUGUCAGUGCGACUGGUGUCGUGCCAAACACUGAGCCAUUUCUCCAUGGCAACAAGUUUGAACUGGCGGAUGAUGGUGGCCUGCAGGUAGAUGACCACAUGAUGACGUCAGAGCCAGACGUGUACGCUGCAGGAGACGUGUGCACUGCAUGCUGGCAACACAGCCAACUGUGGCAGCAGAUGCGCUUGUGGACGCAGGCCCGUCAGAUGGGCUGGUACGCCGGCCGCUGCAUGGCGGCUCACGUCCUGUCAGAACCAAUAGAACUGGACUUCUGCUUUGAACUCUUCACACACAUUACCAAAUUCUUCAACUACAAGGUGGUCCUGCUGGGAAAGUUUAAUGGGCAGGGGCUGGGGCCCGAUCAGGAGCUGCUGGUACGCUGUACCAAAGGCCAGGAGUAUGUCAAGGUUGUUCUCAGAGGUGGUAGGAUGGUGGGAGCGGUGCUGAUCGGGGAAACAGACCUGGAAGAGACCUUUGAGAACCUGAUCCUCAACCAGAUGGAUUUGACCCCAUAUGGAGAGGAGCUGCUCAACCCCAACAUUGAUAUAGAGGACUACUUCGAUUAAGCAUGAGGGGUUUGAUUUAGGUGCACGUUGAGCAUUGCAAAUUCACAAAUAAUGCAAGGUAGACAACAUCGAUGAAGGAAUAUGAGUUUAAGGGAUCUUGACAAGAAGCAGGAGUCAGUAUCUAUGUUCUUAUUAAUGCACUUGUAUAUUUAAGAAGAUAUUUUGGGUUUAAAAUAAAUUAUUUUCCAAACCAAGUGUACUUAAUUAGUACUUGAGUAAUUAGUUUAUUAAAAAACUUUUCAUGUUGUUGUAGCAGGAAUGCAAACCCAUCACUCCAUAAGCCUAAAGGAGUCAAGUUUAACAUGUUUGUCCUCAGUACAAGUGGAUGCAUUAAGAAAAGAAAAGAAAAGAAAAGAAAAGAAAAGAAAAGAAAAG